GCGUUAAAGGGUCUCGUCAAGAUUGUUAUUAGGUCACUCCCGCCGACACACGGAAACAUCGUUUUCGUUUUGGAGGGACAAACCUGCUCCGAAGUCCAAAUGGCGAACAUAUUUCCCCAAACUCGACGCAGCCAUUCUUGUCUGAUGCUCGCGGGGAAUUAAGACUCGCCGUGAAUGAGAUAUCCAGACCUCGUUCGUGCAGCGGAAGUUUCUGUCACCGAUUUAUUUUUCUCCCAAGAGGGUUUUUGAAUUGCAGCCUGCUAGCAUGGACGACGACCACCAAGUACCUGACGACCUUUCGGGGGAGGAACGAGAUGAGCUGAGCAACAUCCGACGCAGGAAAAAGGAACUGCUGGAUGAUAUUGAACGGCUGAAGUUCGAGAUAGCCGAGGUAAUGACGGAGAUCGAGCAGCUUACCUGCGUGGGGGAAAGUAAAACCACACAGAGAAACAAACAGAUCGCCAUGGGGAGGAAGAAGUUCAACAUGGACCCUAAAAAGGGGAUCCAGUUCCUCCUGGAGAACGACCUUCUGCAAAACACCCCGGAGGACAUCGCCCAGUUCCUCUACAAAGGCGAGGGGCUGAACAAGACAGUGAUCGGGGACUACUUAGGGGAACGGGACGACUUCAACAUCAAGGUCCUGCAGGCCUUUGUGGAGCUGCACGAGUUCGCCGAUCUCAACCUCGUACAAGCCUUGAGGCAGUUCCUGUGGAGCUUCAGACUUCCUGGUGAAGCUCAGAAGAUCGAUCGUAUGAUGGAGGCGUUUGCUUCCAGGUACUGCCAAUGCAAUCCUGGCGUUUUCCAGUCCACAGACACCUGCUACGUCCUCUCUUUCGCCAUCAUCAUGCUGAACACCAGCCUGCACAAUCCCAACGUGCGAGACAAGCCCCCCGUGGAGCGUUUCAUCUCAAUGAACCGAGGCAUCAACGAGGGCGGCGACCUCCCGGAGGAGCUACUCAGGAAUCUCUACGACAGCAUCAAGAGUGAACCAUUUAAGAUCCCGGAGGAUGAUGGCAACGACCUGACGCACACCUUCUUCAACCCGGACAGGGAGGGCUGGCUGCUCAAAUUAGGAGGCAGAGUGAAAACCUGGAAGAGGAGAUGGUUCAUCCUGACUGACAACUGUCUCUACUACUUUGAAUACACCACGGACAAAGAGCCUCGUGGGAUUAUUCCCCUGGAGAACCUCAGCAUCCGAGAGGUGGAGGAGCCCAGGAAGCCCAACUGCUUCGAGCUCUACAACCCAAACCACAAGGGCCAGGUCAUCAAGGCCUGCAAGACGGAGGCGGACGGCCGCGUCGUGGAGGGCAACCACGUGGUCUACCGAAUAUCGGCGCCCACGCCGGAGGAGAAGGAAGAGUGGAUUAAGUCCAUCAAGGCCAGCAUCAGCAGAGACCCCUUCUACGACAUGCUCGCCACCAGGAAGCGACGCAUCGCCAACAAGAAGUGAACGCCGGCUCGCCCGUGACCACAUCGAGCCGCACGGCGCGCCGCAAACUGCAGACCAGCCUCAAAGAAAAGAGGGCCUCCGACUGUGGAGGUCAGCACGUGUGUGUGUGGACUUUUCCUGCACGCUGCUCACCUGGUUCAGGUGCACAUGCAUGUGUGUGUGUGUUCGUGUGUGUGUGUGUGUGUGUGUGUUGGAGAGAGA